CACACCAUGAAAAGAAAAUGCAUCUGCGACCUGUGCACCUGUGGGCGUCAUCGCUGUCCACAUCUUCCCACUGCGAUCUAUGAAAAUACUAAUAAACGAUGCUUCAUUACUGAGUACUUGGAUAAAUACGUACCAUAUGAAAACUUCAAGCCCAGAGAAUCCUACAGACCAAGGGAGGAAUAUCAGAGACAUCAAGGGAACAUGCAGAGCUUGACUACAUUCAGAGCAGAUUAUGUUCCACAUGAUAUUCAUGCGAGGCCAGGACGAAUCCUUCAAGAGUUCAAGCAACCGCAGGGGACCAUGGACCUCGAUACUACGUACAAACAGGAUUUUAACUAUCGUUCCAGCUACCCAUCUGCUACUACUCGACCACAAGAACAGAAGUGGAGCUCUAGAGCAAGGAUGGAAACAAUCCCUACGUACAAAGAUCAUUACAAACCAUGGGAAAUUUCUAAACGCGAGACUGCUAAACCAGAGUAUACUUUCAGACCUCCAUCAAUGAAAUUUGGUAACUUAACCACUUUCCAGGAUGAUUAUCAGUACAAGGGCCUAGUUCCACAGCAGAGCUUCAAACCUUCAAAUGCAACCAGGCUAUCAAGCAAGCCCUUUGAAGACCUGACUAACUAUCGUCAGCAUUACAUACCGUACAUCUAUGAGGCACGGAAAAGGCAUGAAAAGGAACCGUACAAGCCUAGUGAGCAAACCUUUGAUGAUCUCACUACCCACAGAAGAGACUUCAAGGGGCAGUCGGGAGAGCUUACAAAGCUGAUUCGUCCUGAGAACACCAAUGUUAAUUCCAAUCAACCAUUUUACGAUCUGACUGAAUUUCGUGACAAAUACAAGGCUUGGACUGUAGAGCCACCAACGCUUCAUAAAUCUGCUGACUACAUGGUUCCUGAAGAUAAGAUGAACCUGACCACAACCAGUCAGGCAAACUUUGUGGGGCACAAUGUCCAGCCUUUUGUGUCGGCUCGUCCUUUGCCCCACCCCAGCAGGCACAGCAUCCCGUUUGAAGGAAUCUCCACCAUGAAAGAAGACUAUAAACCAUGGAACUGCACUCGUGAACCAAUGAUCAAACCACAGGGAGAACUGGAAAAGCCAACUGGCAAAUUUGAAGAUACAACAACCUUCAAAGCCCAUUAUCUUCCUCUCCCAAUUGGCCUCACCCACCGCUUCAAGCCACACAAUUCUUUUGCCUCUAGCUCCGUGCCAUUAGAUAGCGGCACCACAUAUCGCUUCAGUUACACACCAAAGCAAAUAGUCGUGUGUCCUGCUUCAUUCCCAGUACCACCGGGCUAUGAGUAUGAGAAAACUGAUAGGUUGGGUCACAAGUUUUUUCGUCCUCUGUAUGAAGGGGAGGAUGGCCAUCCUAACCCAUUGCAUACCACAAUGGACUGGGUUUCGGAUGCCCAAGGUCCUGAUAAAGCAAUAAUUGAGGGUUCUCCAGAUGAGGCAAUAACUGCAGCUUGA